AUGGGACGCUACGCGAUUCUGGUGUCUGGUCCUGCAGGAUCAGGCAAAUCGACCUUCUGCUCAGCCUUGAUAGCCCACGCGCAGUCGUUGGGCCGCAGUGUCCAUCUGUUCAACUUGGAUCCUGCCGCCGAGCGCUUCGAAUAUCAGCCAAGCAUCGACAUCAAAGAGCUGAUCUCGCUUGAGGAUGUGAUGGAAGAAAUGAGCCUUGGUCCCAACGGCGGGCUCAUCUACUGUUUCGAAUACCUCCUCGACAAUCUUGACUGGCUUGACGACGAGCUCGGACAAUUCAAUGACGACUACAUCAUCAUCGACUGUCCUGGCCAGAUCGAGCUCUACACCCACUUCCCUAUCAUGUCGCGGCUGGUCAACAUCCUGCAAGGGCAAUACGGCUUUCGCAUCUGCGCGACCUACCUUCUCGAAUCGCAAUUCAUCGACGACAAGACCAAGUACUUUGCCGGCGUACUCAGCGCCAUGAGCGCAAUGAUUAAUCUCGAGGUACCGCACAUCAACCUGCUCAGCAAGAUGGACUUGGUAGAGAAAGGCGAGAUCGGAUCCGAGGCCAAGAAAGGGCGGAGGAGAGAGAUGGAGCGAUAUCUCGAUCCAGAUCCGCUUCUGUUGAUGGACGAAGUCAACUCGCGGACAAAUCCCAAGUUUCACUCGUUGAAUCAGGCGCUGGUGCAAUUGAUCGACGAUUUCAGCAUGGUGUCUUUCAUGCCUCUCAACAGCACCGACGAAGACUCUGUAGGGACCAUUCUCUCGCACAUUGACAACGCCGUCCAGUACGGUGAAGACGAAGAGCCGAAAGAACCCAAAGACAUGGACGAAGGCGACUUUGCGGAUCAGUGA